GAGUUUUCCAAAUCGCCCUCGGAAAGCGGUCGGCUUAGCGAGAUUUGGCGAUGGAAUGCCGAUAUUGCACAAUACAGCUCAAUUUGGAUCAAUAUUUUCUCGGGUACAAUCUGGUGGCUCAUGUUUUUCGGGGUGAAUCAAUUGGCCAUGCAACGAUACGUCAGCCUUCCAUCCGUUCAACACGCUCGCGGAAUCAUCUUCUGCACCCUGCUCCCCUUUGUCAUUCUCGUCUCGAUUGUUUCCUUUGUCGGGUUAUCGGGAGUGAUCUCUUGUGUGAUCUCGUUUAUCGUCUCGAACAUAUUGAUGGCCAUCAUUUGCAUUGUCAACUAUUACGAAGAUCCCUACAAAAAUCUUUUCCUCUCAACGAAUACCAGUGUCAUUGGAUGUAGUGGUUUGGUGAAAAAUCCGCAUAAUUUUACAAUUCGCCAACAGCCUGACUACGAUGCACACUAUGGACAACCGGGAACUUUAUGGAUCAGUCGACUCUCCACACAUGGCUAUCCCCUCAUCGGUUUCAUCUUGAUGUUCGCAAUCGCUAUUCCAAUGUCGACCAUUUUGAAAGAGAAAGAGAUGAAGAAUACGAGACAUCUCACAUGGGCUGGAAGAAAAGAUCCAAUCCCCGUGGCCGAACAAGAGCUCGAUCAUUUCCUUAAAGAAAUCCCCAACAAUUUCAACGAGAAAUCGAAUCAU